AUGGAGGCAUUUCCCCAACUCUACCUCGCCUCUGGCUCAGCAGAUGGCGUCUUGGCGCCUAGUUAUCGUGCUCCUCACCAGUCUCUGGAACACUCGCACCCAUCCUCCUCGACAAUGACAACUCCGUCUAAUUAUCAAUCUGAGCUCAUGCGCCCCCUCUCCUUCCCUGUUGGGCAUCCCGAAGAGGAGUCAUCCGGGACUCAGCUUGCUUCAGCAUUGGGCAUUAGUGCCAACACAUUCUCAAACGAUGUCGCAUUCCAAAUACCCAGCUUUCUUACCGGUCCUAUGGGCACUCCGGGUGGAGGAGCGGACAUUUUGCACGGCAGCGAUAUGAGUGGGUUUGGAUUGGAGCAGCCGUGGUUUCAAGCUAGUGCGGGUCCAUCAAAACCAAAUCUAAACCUAAGCAUCCCGAUGGCCAAGUAUAGGAUAUUGCACCCCUCGACCAACAGCAGUGCUCCAAUAUUCCAGCGCGUACCAGCGUCCGCGGCACCAUUUGAUUACUCUGCCGUCCAAAAUUAUCGCCAUGGGCAAGAACCCACGGACGCCGCACGGAUGAAGUCGGUGUCCUCCCAGACCUCGGAGGACCCUUCGCCGCCUGGCAGCUAUCAUUCUCCGGCACUAGUCCUACCUUCGAAUGGAUUGCAUUCUCAUAGCGGGACUUCCGCCAAUCCGUUUCAAAGCCUGCAGUUACCUAUUGAUCCAACGAGCCAGUUUGGUCUAUAUUCGAGUUCAGGGUUUGAUAUCCUCGGCAUACUCACACGAGUGGUUAACCGACCCAACCCGAUCAUCAAUCUUGGCCCAGUCGACUUUUCAUGCAGUUUUACCGUCGUCGAUAUACGCCGCUACGACUCGCCCAUCGUCUACGCUUCACCAUCAUUUUGUAAUCUUACCGGUUACUCGCAGGAUGAAGUUCGAGGUCGGAAUUGUCGUUUUCUGCAAUCACCCAAUGGUGUCGUCUACAAGGGCACGGCGAGACAAUACACAGAUCAAGCUGCCGUCGCUCACAUACGCAAAUCGUUAACCGCUCAGAAGGAAUGUCAAGCUUCGCUUCUGAACUAUCGUAAAGGGGGGCAGCCGUUCAUUAACCUCGUUUCUGUUGUGCCAAUCUCUUGGGGCGAUACGGAGGACAUCGUGUAUCAUAUUGGUUUCCAAGUGGAUCUUGUUGAGCAGCCCAAUGCAAUUCUCCACGAAAUGCAGAACGGAAAGUACGUGUUCAACUAUUCAGCGUUACCACCCUCCUUCACCGACGAUCGACAUCUUCGCAAAGAAGCUGGCGUCGCUCCUGAGAUGCGUAACAUGGUUCAAAGCAUGGCCUCACGUGCCAUCGGAUCCCCGCAAGUCACCGAUGAGCAAGUUCUGCAAGAGCUUCACAAUCUUCUCUUGGAGGAUGCCGAUGAUUUCAUCCAUGUUCUUUCGCUCAAAGGCAACUUCCUUUACGUGUCUCCAUCUGUUACUCGCAUCUUGGAGUACUCUCAGGACGAUCUACUGGGAAAAGCAAUUUCUGACAUCUGUCACCCCUCAGACAUUGUAUCUGUGCUCCGUGAUUUGAAAGAUUCGUCCCACUCGCUGCCGGAGGAUUCUGUGACAAACGCUGGCAGUCGAUCACCCGCUUCAUCUGCCAAGCCUGUCCAAUUGCUGUUGCGCGUGCGUAGAAAGUACAGUGGUUAUAUCUGGCUGGAAUGCAACGGACGCUUGUAUGUUGAGCAAGGCAAGGGUCGAAAGUCGAUUGUCCUGACCGGACGGAAGAGGGAGAUGCCCCGUUUGGCAUGGUCAACUAUCGCUCGUACGGGCGGUAUGGUUGAGCGUGCUGUUUGGGGCAAAACCUCGGUGGACGGACAUUUCCUCAGUGCCGGUAUCAGUUCAUUCUUGGAAGCUGUGGGCUGGUCUGCGCGGGAAAUGGUCGGGACAAGCAUGCUGAAUGAAUGGAUCCCGAAUGAAGUCGAACGUGAAAAUGUCCUGUCAAUAAUGACGCGCACGGGAACGACCGGCACUCCCUCCCGGGUCUCCUGUCACAUGGGGCCACCGAACAGAAGUGUCGUGGCUGUGACUAUCUGUUUCUAUCCGCAAGAGGACGCGCCUCCUGAUUCGAGCCUUGACGUGUUGGCUCCCUGGAUGGAGACGGCCCCGGUUCGAGCGAGGCGUCGACAAACGGAACUCAUUUACCAAAUCACACCAUAUGCAGGGGAGACGGCUAUUCAACCUUCCACCGAGCUUGUCUCCGCGAACACGAACCUGUUCACGGAACUGGAGACCGCACGUAGCACAAGUUUCCAGUACGAAUUCCAGCAAAAGCGCAACGAGAAUGCAAAUAUGAAGGCGGAGAUCGACGAACGAUCGUGUAAUAGAGCUCCGAGAAAGAGAUAG